AUGUGGGAGAAGCAAACAAGAGGACCAGCUGCUACACAAGAGCAAGAGAACCAAACCUUCGAUCCAACCACCCGCACAGACAGACAGCCUGAGACUGAGACUGAGACUGAGACUGAGACUGAGACUGAGACUGAGACUGAGACUGAGACUGAGACUGAGACAAAGAGAAAGAGAUUCAUUGUACCCGACACUCAAUACAGUGAUUCAAGCCUGAGCGAAAACUCCAUGAGCGGGAAAUUCAGCGUGGCACAGUUCGAGAGCAUUCAAGGUGUUCAUAUCGAGGAGACAAAGUCAAGGAGAGGAAAUCUAUCAAUCCAAGACAUAUCUGCUCCGAUGCCAGAGGAUACAGACACACAGAAAGCGAACGAAAAUCCAAUGCAUCGUUGGAAGAACAAGCAGAAGUUCAGCCGCUCCCUCCCUUCAUUACCAAUUCAGAGGUCUGGGCGGUGGCAUAGAUUAAGCUCUGUUGGAUGUGAGCCUGUUUCCAAGGACAUUUUUGAUAAUUUUUUCGGGGCCGAACAGGAUAUCAUUAUUGAGGAAACAAUGAAGUCUAGAUGCAAGGAUGACACGGAUGUUGUUACGCAAUGUAUCAAACUGUCUCAUCCCAACUCGAAAAGUUUCUCUUGGGGUGAACAUUCGAACAACAUAACGUCGUUAGCGAAUGAGGAUGGAAGACUCAGCGAGCUGCUGCUGAAACUGAGGUCUUUUACCAAGGAGUAA